ACCCUGGGGGAAGGGAGGGCUCGGUGGAAGCCGCCGCGCCGGGCACGGCGGGAAGAAAGGCGGGAGGCCGCGCGGGGCAUCCCGGGAGCGAGGGCCGGGCCCAGCUUCGGCGCGGGGCAUUGUGGGAGGUGGACGCCGCUCAGGGUUGGGGCCCCAGGAUGGAACUGCCAGAGCCCCAUCCCAGCCCCGCAGCAGGGAAGGAAGAGCAGGAGCUGCUGGAGCGGACCUUCUUCUCCUGGGCGGAGUUCAGUCGCUUCUUUGACAAGUGGUGCCAGCAGCGACUGGUGGUCUUUUCAGUCAAGAGCUCCACUCACGUGGCACGCAGCCCUUGGGCCAGCGCACCCCCACUGUACAGGCUCAUCCACGUACUCAAGUACAGCUACGUGCUGCUGGUGUGCAAGGACAUGCGUGCGUCCAGCCAGCCCGCAACAUGGCCCCGUCAGCCCAGCUGCCCGGCCUUCAUCACCGUCAAGCUGAGCCCCCUGCGGGACCGCCUGGUGGUGUCCGAGUGCCAGCUGACCCACUCGCACCCGGCCUGCCCGCGUGAGUUCGCCCACCACUUCCGCCCGGGCCACCUGCUGGCCAACUCCUGCCUGCCGGUGCGCAUCACCAACCAGAUCUCCAAGCAGUUCGUGGCCCCAGCCGACGUGCGCCGCCUGCUGUCCCACUGCAAGGGCCCCGACCACGGCGUCCUGGACGCCCUGCAGGUGCUCGAGGGGCUCUUCCGCACCGACCCCGAGGCCAAGGUGAAGCUGGUGUUCGUAGAGGACCAAGCUAUGGUAGAGACUGUGUUCUUCCUGACAUCGCGCACCCGGGCGCUGUUGCGGCGCUUCCCACGCAUACUCCUGGUGGACCGACUGCCGGGACUGCAGGGCGCGCUGGACCUGCUGGCCGUGCUGUGCGUGGAUGGCGCAGGACGCGCACGUCAGGCUGCAUGCUGUGUGGCACGCCCUGGCACGCCAAGCCUCCUGCGUUUUGUACUUGUCUCGUUGCUUCAGAGUGCACCUGACGUCAAGGGCCGAGUGCGCUGCCUCACUGCGGGACCCGAAGUGGCAGCGCAGCUCCGGGCCGUGCGCCAACUGCUGCCCUGUGCGCGUGUGCAGAUCUGCCGCGCGCAGGGCCUCGAGACGCUCUUCAGCAAGGCUCAGGAGCUGGGAGGUGCCAGCCAGGAGGACCCUGGUCUGUGGCCACUGCUCUGCCGCCUGGCGGGCGCGUCAUCCUAUGCAGCCUACUCCGAGGCCCUGGCCGAGCUGCGUGCCCAGGGCCCGGCCGCCUUUGUUAAAUACUUCGAACACAACUGGGCACCCCGCCACGACAUGUGGGUGCGCUUCCGUGCCUAUGAGGCGUCCCGUGACCUGGACGCCUGCGCCCUGGUGCGUGGCCACCGCAGGAGACUUCUGCGCCGCCUCAGUCCCUCACACAGUGUGGCCCAGUGCCUUCGCGACCUGGUGGCCAUGCAGUGGGCGGACGCGGCGGGGGAGGCAGCCUCCGAGGGCGCUGAUGGUGAUACAGCAUGGCUGGAGAGCCUGCCCGGGAGGGGGACCCAGGGGGAGAAUGAGAGGGUGAGGGGCCUGGAGACCAGUGACUGGGGAGGCGCUCAGCUAGAAACUGAGAAGGGGAGGGGAUUGCAGGCGAGAGAACAGAGAGGGGUCCAGCUGGAGAACCAGAAGGUGAGGGGGCUGGAUGGGGGUGGCUGGAGAGGCGCCCAGCUGGAGAAAGGUCACUUGAGAGGACCAGAGGUCAGAGACUGGAGGGGGGCCCAGUUGGAGGAUCAAAGGAUUAGGGUGUUAGAGACCACAGACAAGAGGGGAAGAACCCAGUUUGAGUCUGAGAAGGCUGGGGGUCUUGAAGGAAGCCCCUGGAGGGGGGGCCCAUUGCAGGAGGAAAGGGCAAGUGGUCUGAAACUUGGAGACUGGAAGGGGCAUCAGGUGGAAUUGGAUAAGGGCAAGAGGCUGGGUCUCAGAAACUGGAGGGGGAGCCAUUUGGAGAAGCCCCUGGAUUUGGUCCCUGAGAAGGGAGAUGGAAGGGGGCCCCAGUGGGGAGGGGAGGGGAGGAGAGGGCCAGAGCUAGCAGAAGAGAGGGGAGGGAAGUUGGGUGUCAAAAGGAGACGCGGCCUGGAGGACAUAGUUGUGGUCCAGCUUGAGGACACUAGGGUCACAGGUGUGGCAAAUGGGGACCGAGAGGGAGCCUGGUCUGUGGGCCCCACAAGCAGAGCAGGACAAGCACCGGAGUGGGGGGACAGAGGAGGGAGGGGUCCAGGGCUGGGGAAUGGAGUCCUGUGCACUGCCCCCAUGGGGACCGUGUUGGAAGGCAACCCAGAGCGGGCAGUGAUGAGGAGUGAGUCCCCGCCUGUAAGGGUGGCCCUGCAGGAAGGAAGUGAAGAAGGCCCAAGGGAACCAAAGAGGCUUUGCUGCCCCUCAGGAGAGGAGGAGGUAGAUUGGGAGCCACUGGCCAAGUUCCGAGCAGCCUGUGGGCCAGAGCUGGCAGACCUGGUGGCUGAGGAGCUGGCCUUUGCCAGGCAGCAUGGGACCCGGGGUUUCCACUGGACUGGAGCUGGCUUUGCUCUCAAGGACGGCACCUCAGACUUCUUCCUGGACGGGGCGCUGACCCACUGCAGCUGCUCCAUCCACGCAGCUCGCCGCCUGCCCUGCCGGCACCUCUUUGCAGCACGCCUCCUCACGGGGGCAGCCUUAUUCCACAUGGACCUGCUCAGGGAUUGCUGGGGGAGCGCCCAGGAGCCCUGACCCUUCUGGGCUCCACCUGCCACCCUCCACUUGGAGGGCAUUCUUCAAUCCCAAAGAUAACAGUGCUGAGGCCAAGGAGGGUACCCCAGUCCCUCUGGUCACCUCCUGGGUCAUCCAGGGACCUCAUCUUGGUAGUUUGCCUCUCUAGGUCCAAGGGGAAGCUGGCAAUGGUCUCUGAGGUCCUAGAGCCACAGCUGAGGAAAGUGCUGAUGGCCAGGGUAGAUUCAGAGGGCUUCCCUCAGAAGAGGGCGCAUGUGAUGAGAGGUGUGAACAGGGUCAGGCCAAGGUGGGAAGCAGGAAAGGGGCUGAGCUGGGGGAGGGGCAGGAGCUGGAGGGCAAAGGAGGACACCAGGAUGUGGGAGGUUCUCACAGAAGCAAACUGGUCCUGGAGGGAGUGCAGGGGUGAGGGGAAAGCACUGGAGAAAAAGGAGAACAGGAAGACAUGGAGGGGCAGGGGAGAGAAGAGAGGGGAGACAGAGGAGAGGACUCGAGGAGAGGCAGAAGUGGAAGAGAAGUAAGGAAAUGCAGAGGAGGAUGAGGGUGGGACCAGGAAGGGGGAAGGAGACAGGGCGGAGAGGGAAUUUAAAAAGGGGAGGAGACAAAAGAAAGUUAUGAGAGUUGGAGAGAGAACUGAGAGGGGAAUGAUCUGGGUGUUUCUCCAAGACCUGGAGACUUGGCUUUCCUUCACCUCCUGCUUGGCCAUUCCUGGAAAAGGGGGAAAGGGCAAUGGGAGUCUGGAGGGAUGAACUGGAGACUCUCCCUGCAGGGAGGGGAACUGUCCGGACCGUUGUGCUUCAAGACCGGAAUAAAGCAGUAUUAUUUUGGUUUCCAUGCUGAGUUCAUGGCUUCAGGGGGAGAGUGGUAGACCCAGACCCAGAAGAAAAUUGAGCUGGCUUGUAUCCCUCUAUUUUCUAUCAACAAAGCCUCCUAGGGCCAGGUGGAUGGAGGAGCCACAGUGAAUCAAGCUCCACAGCAGCUCAGGCCUCAUCUUUCUCCCCUGGACUAGUGUGCAACGGUGGCAACUUUCAGAUGGGAAUUGAUGCUACCCUCAAGCGACUGGUCCCUGCUGAUCAUCUUUGUCUGUGACUGGUUUGAGAAUGGACUGGUGACCACUCCUAGGCAAUGAGUCUGCUCAGGUUGGGGUGGAGCUUCUAAGAAAGAUUUCCUCAUUCCUAAGAAGUCUCAGAAUGAGAUGGUCAGGUCUAGACCUGCUUGCGACCACCCUGAGCUGGUGUGAGGAGGAGCCCACGCUGAAGGACUGAGCCGAAAGAUGAAGACAGUCUGGAUCCUUGGCUGAUGGGAGUUCCUGGAGUCUGCUCUAUCGUGGAACUUCUUAAGUGGAAGAUAUCUUACUGACUGAGGGAAGUUCAGUGGGGUUUCUGUUGUCACAACUGAUGCAGGGUAUAAAUUCCAGGUUGAGGUGACUGAGUACUUCUCAAACUUUUGUUGAGAUGCAUUUGGGUUCAGUAGGUCUGGAGUGGGGCCUGCAAUUUAAGCAUGAUGCAGUUGCUGACAGGCCAGGAGGAACACUUUAAGCAGCAACAAAGGAAUUUGAGGUCAAAGACAAUUCAGAGGUUCAGGUUGUGGGAAGUCCAUGGCUUCAACUGCUGCUGGAUGCUGCAACAAUGUCAGGUUUCCCCUCUCAUUUCUCCGGUUCUUUGUGAAUUCCUUCCAAAAAAGUUUCUGUCUUUUGGCCAAGAAAUAUAGCUACUUGGAGUUCUGGUAUCAUGGCUUGAUCCCAAAAGACUUUUCUACCAGCACCCAUACAGUGAAUCUCAAGGAAGAAACUGGACUUAAUAAAGGUGUCUUUUAUCUUGGGUACAUUAAUGCUUUGUUAACAUCAGCAUUUCAGAGAUAUAGAACAGUGAGUGAGCCCUUAAUGACUUGUGUCUUGGGCCGUCUAGGGGGUUGACUAGACUCUCGCUUUUCAAAGUGUGAUCCACAGAACAGCAUCAUCAACAUUUCCUGGGAGCUCAUUAGAAAUACAGAGCAGGAAGAGGUGUACGGUCAGCAGAACAGGCCAGGGCAAAUGAUUCUUCUAGAACUGAAAUUUGAAGGACUUGUUGCCCAAGAAAAGAGGAUGAAGAAGUACAUUCUCGGCAGAGGUAGCAACAUGUAUAAUGGUAUUUUGCUCUUGUGAAAUGCAAGAAGUAGAAGAAAAAGAAGAAGAAGAAGGAGAGAAAAAAAAAAAAAAAAAAAAAAAAAACAACCAAAGUUAGUGGCCUUUAGUCCUCUGUAUACCACCUCUAUAUCCCACAUGCCCAUCCCACAAGUAAAGUCAGUCCCUUCAGUUCUCUGGUGAAGGAUCAUAUCUUCCCGAAGGCCAUCCCUGAGAAUUCUUUCCAAAGUCACUUUACCCUCUUUCUCUACUUUAUCAACACCACUUCCUGGAAUUAUACCAUAGGGCUAUUUACCAUUUAGCAUUGUGGUUAAGCUUAUCAAGUACGAAAUCCCAGCUCCAUCCAUGUGGCCUUCAGUUGCCUGACCUCUCUGUAUCAAGGCUUGGGAAUAAUAAUAGUACCUACCUCAGGGCUUUAGGGGGGGAAUAAAUGAAUUAGUAUGCAACACCAAAAGCACCCCAGUCACCUAUUAACAUACCGUGUUUUCCACUGACCUGUGUUUGCGAUUAUUAACAAUCUCCCCCAAACACCAAAAUAAGAGAUCCAUUUUAUUCUCUAUUGUACACCAGUGCCUGGUGCAAAGUAAACUCUGGGCUAGAAUAAUCAAAGAAUAAAAGUGGAAAACUAGUUAGGAGGGCUGGCGUCUCAUUUUUUCGUUGCUUUUGGUGACGAUCAUGCGUGCUCUGAGAUACUGGGUCUUCGGUAACCUUGUUCCUGCCCUCAUCCCGCUCACCCAUUGAACUUCGCUAGUGCAGCUGCAGCAACCUCGGAACUACAACUCCCAGGAGGCCGAGCGCCGCCCCGCUCUCCGAACCCACGUCCCUUGGCAGAGAGCGCGCGCUGUGGGAUCCGAUGUCGGGCGCUGCGUCUGAGCCUGUGCCGGCCGUUUGGCGCUUGGUCGGGGGCGGGGAGAGGAGUGCGGAGGACUCCUCCCACGUUGGGUCCCCCGUGCCUCUCAGGUUCCGAGGGGUCUGGGCCCAGG